AUGUCUGGCGGAAAAAGAUACAUACUCAAAGGGAGUGUAUCACUCGCCUUAGUGAUCCUCAUUCUUUUGAUGAUAACCCUCCUCGUUUCUGAGGAAAACCCGCUUCGUACUUCUCUGUUCGAAGUAAAACGUCAGUUUUCAGCUUCUUCUUCUUCAGUUUGUAAUUUUGCAAAGGGAAAAUGGGUUCAAGAUCGGAAAAGACCAUUGUACUCUGGUUUAGAAUGUAAACAGUGGCUAUCAACCAUGUGGUCAUGUAGAAUAAUGGGCAGACCCGAUUUCUCAUUUGAGGCUUACCGGUGGCAGCCAGAAGGUUGCAACAUGCCACAGUUUGACAGAUUCACCUUCUUAAAAAGAAUGCAGAACAAGACUAUAGCAUUUAUAGGAGACUCGUUGGGACGGCAACAGUUUCAGUCCCUGAUGUGUAUGGCCACUGGUGGCGAAGAUAGCCCAGAGGUUCAAAACGUGGGAUGGGAGUACGGUCUGGUGAAACCCAAAGGAGCUCUCCGUCCUGAUGGUUGGGCUUAUCGGUUCCCUACCACGAACACAACGAUCUUGUAUUACUGGUCAGCUAGUUUAUCAGAUUUGGUACCCAUGAACAACACCGACCCACCUCGUGUCACCGCAAUGCACCUGGACCGUCCACCAGCGUUCAUGAGAAACUACCUCCACCGAUUCGAUGUACUGGUUCUGAACACAGGUCACCAUUGGAACAGAGGCAAGAUCGAAGGGAAUCACUGGGUGAUGCACGUAAAUGGAACACGGGUCGAAGGCGAGUACCUCAAGGAUAUCAGAGACGCUAAAGAUUUCACGAUACACAGCGUUGUGACGUGGCUCGACGCGCAGCUUCCAUUGCAUCCGAGGUUGAAAGCGUUCUUUAGAACGAUUUCUCCGAGGCAUUUCAGAAACGGGGAUUGGAACACAGGUGGGAACUGUAACAACACGGUCCCUUUGUCUAGAGGAAGCGAGAUCACAGGGGAUGAUGGAUCGGUCGAUACAACGGUCGAGAGUGCUGUGAAUGGGACAGGGAUCAAGAUUCUUGACAUAACUGCACUUUCUGAGCUGAGAGAUGAAGCUCAUAUCUCAGGGUCUAAACUCAAACCCAGGAAACCGAAGAAGGCGAGUAACGAGACUGCGACUCCAGUGGUCAACGAUUGCUUGCAUUGGUGCUUACCCGGGAUCCCAGAUACUUGGAAUGAACUUUUCAUCGCCCAGAUUUAG